UGAGAAACUAUUUAGAAUCCUUCUCUCGUAUCUUCUUCCCUCAGUAUCUUUCCCUAAUGUUUUUCUUUUUCCAGAAGGGGUCAUCGCGAAGAGAGACCAAUUAACACAACGUCAAUGAUGGCCGUGUCAAUCGACCUGGCUGACCUCACCAGACAGCAUGGCCCUCUUCUUGCCUUGGCUGGCGUGAGCGUCCAUCUCCUCUAUUGGAUCCGUGGGGAACGCAACAACAAAGAGAUCCGUACCUGGUUGUUGUGGCAUGUGAUUGUGAAUAUCGCCCUUAUGGGCUUCAUUGUGGUGAACACCCACCCGCAGCAGUCUCCCUGGAGUAUCGGCGCAUUCGUCCGCGGUCUCUCCGCGAUAUCUGCACUGAACCUCUGCUUCUACGCUCCUCUUUUCGCCUCCAUUCUGAUCUACCGGGCGUUCUUCCACCGCCUCCGUCGUUUCCCAGGCCCAGUCGCCCUGAAGCUAUCGAAGCUCGUAGCGGCGUAUGGCAACAUCGGAAAGGAGCGAGACUUUGAGCGCAUCUGGGAUCUCCACAAGCAGUAUGGCGAUAUCGUCCGAACGGGGCCCCAGGAACUCAGCGUCUUGUCGGCCGACGCAAUCGAGGUCAUCUACGGCGCGUCGAGUCGGUGUACCCGGGCCAUCUGGUAUGAUCGCUUAAAAGCCGCGGGCGAUUUCUCCGAGGACUUUGCCGUGUUUCAUAUGCGAGAUCCGGUGGCCCAUACGCAGCGCAGAAAGGCGCUCUGGGAUAAGGCGUUCAAUAUUCGAGCUCUCAAGUCCUAUCAGCCUGUGGUCGUCAAGACCACGGACCGGUUUCUCGAUGCUCUACGUCAGCGAGCUGGUCAAGUGGUCUCUGGUCCGGAUACAAUGCAGUUGCUAAGUUAUGACCUCAUGGGCCUCAUUGGCUGGGGGUAUUCGUUCGAGAACAUUGAGAACUGGAAGCUCAAUCCGGCACUGCACUUUGUGAGGCAGGUCACUGCCGGCCAGCGGAUCAUCUCGCAGGCGCCGUGGCUGAUGAGUCUUCUGGUUAACCUGCCUGGAGCAGAUUCGCCGCUUCAGCGUUACGGCGCGUGGAUCGAGGCGCGGAUCCGGGAGAAGAUGCAACGUUUGCAUACGCCGGAACAUGAGGCUACUGAUGCGAUGAGUAAGAUGAUGCCGGCGAUGGUGAAUUUGUCGAGGUCAGCACUGUAUAGUGAGGGGGAGUUGAUGGUCAUUGCCGGAGGAGACACUACGGCCACCACCAUGGCGACUGUGAUCUUUCACCUCGCACGCAGCCCUCUUGUUCAACGCAAGCUCCAAGCGGAGCUCGACGAAGCUGCACAGCGUCUUCGAGAGCAAAGCAACGAUCAAGAGAAUGACUCGGAGCCUGAAGCCUCAUACUACCGCUCUAUCACUUCUCUUCCUUAUCUUAACGCCUGUAUCAAUGAAGCCCUCCGCCUCCAGCCCCCUGUCCCUGGAGAAAUCCCACGCAAAACGCCCCCCGAGGGUAUUCACGUCCCAUUGCCUACUUCUACCACCGCAUCCUCAUCUUCAUCAACAACCACCGUCUUCAUCCCGGGCGACACGAUUAUCAGCGUCCCUGUUCUCCCCGUCCAGCGAGACCCCCGGAACUAUGUCCGUCCCGAGGAAUUCAUUCCCGAGCGCUGGACUGGCGAAGAGCCAGAGCUGACGCUGAAAAAGUCAGCCUUCAUGCCGUUUGUCGCAGGUGCAUAUACCUGCGCUGGCAGAGGGCUGGCCUACAUCGAGAUGCGGAUUGUGUUGGCGAAGUUGUUCAAGAGGUUUCAAGUAAAGCUUGCAGAGGGGGAGGAUGGGACGCGGUUCUUGAGGGAGACAAAAGAUUGCCAUGUCGUGCACCUGGGAGACUUUGAGGUUGUUUAUGAGGAGAGACGCUGAGCUGCCUGGUUACUUCGUUUACUGGGUUCGUUUUGCAUUUGUUGGUGUAGGUGCUGAGAGGUGCUUCGUUCUGGUCAAAUAUCGAG